AUGACUGGCCGCCGUGGUCGCCCUUCUCUUGCUGAGAGAGAAAGUCUGGCUUUCACUCGAACCAACUCGCCCGACCCUCUCUCUGUUGCUAGUCAUGGCCGUCUCACUAGAUCUGCUUCGAGCCGUAACCUUGCAGCUGCAGCUCAACCUGUGACUUCAGCCCCUUCGGCUGUCAAGAGGGGUCGAGGCCGACCCAGCAGAGCCUCGCUUGCCAACGACUCGGCUUCUUCAAUUGUUUCCGCUGCUGCAUCUGCCGAACUCACUUCUGCCAGCGAAGGCUCCACUCCUGCGACCAGCAAUGUCGCCACACCUGCUCCCUCAGUCUCUGGCUCUGGCAUCACAAAUGCUCCUGCUUUGAGGAACCGCCAGUCUGCAUCCAAUAUUGAGAUCCAGCUUCCCACCUCUGGUGCCCUCUCUAGUGAGCGUGCUCUGCGUCGGAGCCAGUAUUCUAUGCAGCCGAUCAAGCGCAAGGUUGGAGGCGGCUACUACGACGAUGAUGAGGAUGAGGAGCCCUCUGACACCGACCGCGAUGCCAUGGUUGCUCGCCGCCUCCAGAAGCAAGAGAAUCAGAAAUCCGCCGCCUCUACCCGACUGUCUGAUGCUGACCUUGCCCGACGUCUCCAGAAUGAAGAGUACGAGAUGGAGGACUCUGAUGUCCCCCUCGCCACUGGUCGUGGUCGUCGUGCUACCGCAGCUGCUGCCAAGGCCGCAAUCGAGGACGGUGACGAUUCAGAGGACGUUCCGCUUGUUUCUCGAUCCAAGCCCAGUGGUCGGGGCCGAGGUAGACCCUCCAAGAGCGCCGCUUCUCUGCAGCGACCUGCGAAGAAGCAGAAGAGCAUGGCAGUCGAGUCGGAUGAUGAGGAUGAAUUCGCAGACCCGAUGGAUAACGACGACGAUGGUCUUUCGGCCAACUUCUCCGAGCUUGAGGACAGUGAUAGCAACAAGAUCCCGAAGAAGGAGAAGACCAAGGCCAAGAUGCCUGUCAGGCGAACUAGAGCUUCCGCUUCGACCAUGCCUCAAGGAACUGCGGUAUCGCCUCGACUGCCUGCGAACUACCAGCUUCCGGAUGAUGAGGACGAUGAUUUGUCAAGCCUCUCUAGCGGCGACUUUGAUGACUCGGGUUCCUCCGACGCGGCCGAUAGUGACGGCGGCCUCCAGAACGCCGUUGCGGCACAGUCCCGUGGUCGCCGCGCGUACCAACGUGGCUCCAAGCGCCGUGGCAUGCUUGAACGCGCUAGGUUGGAGAACAAUCACCCUGAGCUUCUCACCAUGUGGCAGGCCUUGGAGGCUUCUCCGGCCCUCAGACCUGACAAGAUUGCCCAACCGCAGCAGAUCUCGCGUCAGCUCAAGCCCUUCCAGCUUGAGGGUGUCGCUUGGAUGAUUGAGAUGGAGAAGACGGACUACAAAGGCGGACUUUUGGGUGACGAGAUGGGUCUCGGCAAGACCAUCCAGGCGGUAUCUCUGGUCAUGUCCGACUUUCCCCAGAAGCAGCCCUCUCUUGUCCUGGUUCCACCGGUUGCUUUGAUGCAGUGGAAGGAAGAGAUUGCUUCCUACACCGACGGCACCCUCAAGACCUUUGUCUAUCAUGGUACGCUGGUCAAGACCAAGCAGAUGACCCUGAAGGAGCUCAAGAAGUUCGACGUCAUCAUGAUGUCCUACAACAGUCUGGAGUCCAUGUACCGAAAGCAAGAGAAGGGCUUCACCCGCAAGGACGGCAUCUACAAGGAGAAGAGUUUGAUCCACCAGAUCGACUUCCACCGGAUCAUCCUCGACGAGGCUCACAGCAUCAAGACUCGUACCACCAUGACUGCCAAGGCCUGCUUUGCUCUCAAGACCUCGUACCGCUGGUGCCUUACCGGCACUCCGCUUCAGAACCGCAUUGGCGAGUUCUUCUCCCUGAUCCGCUUCCUUCAAGUCAAGCCUUUCGCUUCGUACUUGUGCAAGCAGUGCCCCUGUGCCGGCCUGGAUUGGAAUCUCGACGACGACCACCGAUGCCACACGUGUGGACACGCCGGUAUGCAGCACGUGUCCGUCUUCAAUCAGGAGCUCCUCAACCCUAUCCAGAAGUUUGGCAACUUUGGAGAGGGUCGCGAGGCUUUCCGCAAGCUCCGUCUGAUGACUGAUCGCAUCAUGCUCCGUCGCCUCAAGAAGGACCACACCAACUCCAUGGAGCUUCCCGUCAAGGAGAUUUACGUCGAUCGUCAGUUCUUUGGUGAAGCGGAGAAUGACUUUGCCAACAGCAUCAUGACCAACGGCCAGCGCAAGUUUGAGACGUACGUCGCCCAGGGUGUCUUGCUCAACAACUACGCCAACAUCUUUGGUCUCAUCAUGCAGAUGCGCCAGGUCGCCGAUCAUCCCGAUCUGAUCCUUCGCAAGAACGGAGAGGGUGGUCAGAAUACGCUCAUUUGCUGCGUCUGCGACGAGCCGGCUGAGGAUGCCAUCAAGAGCCGCUGCAAGCACGAUUUCUGCCGCGCCUGUGCUAGAAGCUACCUUCUGUCUUCCGAUCAGCCAGACUGCCCUCACUGCCACAUCAACCUGGCCAUCGACUUGGAGCAGCCCGAGAUCGAGCAGAACGAGGCCGACGUCAAGAAGUCGUCGAUUAUCAAUCGAAUCAAGAUGGAUGAGUGGACUUCUUCCUCCAAGAUUGAGCUUCUCGUCCAUGAGCUUCACAAGCUUCGUUCUGACAAUGCUUCGCACAAGUCCAUCAUCUUUUCGCAGUUCUCGUCCAUGCUUCAGCUGAUCGAGUGGCGUCUUCGUCGCGCCGGCAUCUCCACCGUCAUGCUGGACGGCAGCAUGAGCCCUGCGCAGCGCCAGGCGUCCAUCAACCACUUCAUGACCAAGACCGAGUGCGAGUGCUUCCUCGUCUCUCUCAAGGCCGGUGGUGUCGCUCUCAACCUCACGGAGGCGUCUCGCGUCUUCAUCGUUGACCCUUGGUGGAACCCUGCCGCAGAGUGGCAGUCCGCCGAUCGUUGCCAUCGCAUUGGUCAAACCCGCCCGUGCACCAUUACCCGCCUCUGCAUCGAGGACUCGGUCGAGAGCCGAAUGGUGCUGAUCCAGGAGAAGAAGACCAACAUGAUCAACUCCACCGUCAACGCUGACGACAAGGCCAUGGAGUCUCUGAGCCCCGAGGACAUGCAGUUCCUCUUCCGCGGAUCUUAG